AUGAACCAGUGGCUGACUUUCGAUCCAGAAGUACGUUCCGGCUCAAGCAUACCACAUACACCAGCAUCGGCUAACCAGGUCGCUAAUUCCACAGUCCGACGGGUCAAAUGUGACGAAAACAAACCCGCCUGUGACAAAUGCACAUCAACAGGCCGGAAGUGCGAUGGCUAUUCAAGCGAAGACGACCCAAAAGCCACCGGCCAGGUUCUUAGUGCCCGGCCAUCACAUUUCGUCAAUGUGUCCGCCCACGAAUUCCGAGCGUUCCAGUUUUUCCAUGAGCAGACUCGGUUUCAACUCUCUGGGUUUCAUGACUGUGAGCUCUGGGACAUGCUAGUACUUCAAGCCGCCCAGGAGGAUAUCGCCGUUCGACAUGCAUUGGUUGCCUUUUCCACCUUGCAUGAAGCCUUUGCUAGAAGGUCUCGCGAACAUGAUGACGACCAGACGGCCUCUGACCAGUUGGCUCUGAGACAGUAUAACCUUGCGAUACGACGCCAUUUGGAUCGACUUGGCGGCUCCGAUUUCCCCUGCAAUCUCGACGAACGAGCCAUGACCAUCGGGUAUGAUGCUUGGGAUGCCCAGGGAAGCCGCAGCAGUAUAUCCUACCGCCCUCUCCCGACCAUACCAAGUGCUUUUGCCUCUGCCACCGAAGCGAGAGAUGUGUGGGAGAUGUAUUGGCACAUAUACACUGCCGCCAGUGCGCGAGAGAGCCAAGUGGCUGCUCCAUACGAUAUUGAUGCGGAACCCCUGUACGACAACCACAAACAGCAGCAAGAUUAUACACGUCCAGACUUCUGGGUAGCCGGGUUUUUAAAGUGGUCCGAAUCUCUUGAAGUGACGAUACGACUUAGUACGAGUACAAGUACAAGUACCGGGGGCCAGACCUCCGCGCCACCUGUGUCCCAAAAGGAGCAAUGUGCGUUAAAGAUACUACAGAUGUACCGUCUUUUGAACGACACACUAGUCGACAUGGUCUCUCGACAGACCCUCGAAGAUCUCGAGAUCGAUUCUCAAAUGCACUGGGACCAUAGCACCCCUAUAUUUGAACAGAUGCUCGACCUUGCGGAAUCGGUUUUGGCUGUCGAAGCCGACACUGGUCCACAUUCCUCCAGUCCUACAUCCACCUUCACCACCACUACUACCACCACCACUGAUAGUCCGCUUCUUUCGUGUUCGUCACCGAUGUCUACCCCACCUACACUGAUGGAACCCUCAACGACCCCCAAAUCCCGCCCCGUAUUCACAUUGGACACCAGCAUCGUCUCCCCCAUCUAUGACAUCGCCAAACGCAGUCGAGACCCCAUGGUGCGCCGCCGCGCCAUCUCUCUUCUCUACACCUACCCCCGGCACGAAGGCAUGUACGACGGCGUCCUCUACGCCCGAGUCGCUCAACGCAUCAUGCAGCUCGAAGAGGGACGUCUCGACCACCAGCCCACGUCCGCCUCCGACGUCCCCGACUGGGCGAGACUGAGUGGUGUUCGACUAGUCUUUGACCUCGAGAAGAGACGACUCAUCCUCCGAUAUGAGCGUUGUCGGGACAAACACCACCCUUUCAGAGUCCCUGUUGAGGAAAUCAUCGACCUGGACUAG